AUGGGAGCGGCGCGCCUGGCCCGCCUUCUUCGAAGCGUUCGGCUUUCCGAGAAAUCACUUUGCUCGGAGGCGUCGGCGGCCGAACGGUCCGCGAGUCUUCCGGGGUUCGUUCCGGGGGUCCCGGGAGUGUCCGCAGGAAUUCCCGAGGGCCGCGGGGGCCGUCCGUCGGCCCAGGUCAAGGUUAGGGCGGAUGGUGGGUACCAGAUGGCAUGCUCAAAAAUAAGGCUCUGGCCCCUCGGCCACCGCAGCUCUUGUCCCCGCCGGCACUCUCCGCCGCGCCGCCCGGCAGCCGCACUAUGUAGCAGCGUGGCGGGAAGUGGCAGCUUCACCGCCGCCACGGUGCCCGAGAGGAAACCUGGCUCCACCGAGGGGGCGGCGAAGGAGGAGCCCAAGAGGAUAUCGGCGAGGUUGCUAGCUAAACCGGCUCCUGCAAAAGUGGAAACGCAGCCCCAAAAGCCGGCAGGAAAGAAUGAAUCUUCAGACAAAAAAGUGCAAACACAAGGGAAAAGGCGAGCAAAGGAAAAACAGGCUGAAGCCGCUAACCAAGAGACUAAAGAAGAUGUACCUGCAGAAAAUGGAGAAACUGAAAACGAGGACAGCCCAGCCUUUGAUGAAGCAGGAGAGAAAGAAGCCAAGUCACAUUAAUAUCACACACCUGGUCCUAUCAGUGGUCCCUGUCUCUCUUCUUGCACAAUCCACAGGAAUAUUUUUAUCAACUGUUUUGUAAAUGCCAGUUUUUUAGGAGCUCUAGAAACAUUUUUUAAAAGGGGGGAAUCCACCCCAUCCCAUUUUUUUAAGUGUAAAAAAAAAAUUUUUUUUUAAGUGGUGAAAUCAUUUGCUGGUUGUUCAUUUUCUGGUACAACCAGAACAUAGUAGGAUAUUGAAUGUGGGAGGCUCUGAUUGUCUUGGGUGUGAGCUUAACAUUCCACAGAUGGGGGGUAGCCUUUCUAUCCUAUAAUACAAAGCGUACUAAAUGGUAGUUUGGAGUCAGCUGUGCAUUUAAUGUCUUGAACACGUUUUUCUUUUUAAUUUUUGUUGGAGUGUAGUUGCUUUACGAUAUUGUGUUAGUCUGUACUGUACAGCAAGGUGAAUCAGUUAUACAUAUUCAUACCUCCCCUCUUUUUUGGAUUUCCUUCUAAUUUCGGUCACCACAGAGCACUGAGUAGAGU